AUGGAGUAUCCGACGAUCGCACCCAUCGCUAACCAAAAAGACCGCCGGGUUCCGGUGUUCAUUCCUCGUGCUGCUCAAUACCCGCCUGGUUGCUACCCGCCUCAGCCCUAUGUGAGGCAGCAAAUGCAUAUGCAACAACAUAUGCAACAGUUUCAUCUGCAGCCUCAGCGGCAGCAUCGUCAACCCUACAGAAUUCCCCCAAAGAUCCGUAUCAACCGCCUCGUUAACACCAAGUUCUGCAGCCGUUAUCUCGCUAAGGGAUUUUGCAGGAAGCGCGAUUGCACCUUCGCCCACUCCGUGGAAGAGUUGCGUCCUACCCCUGACUUGCGUUGUACAAAGUGGUGUCGUUUCGUUUUCUUUGGCCUCGAAUGUAGCGAUUCCCAUUGCCCUUAUGCACAUUCGCAAGAAGAAUUUCAACCCCAACCAACAGAACUCAAAACGAUUCCCUGCAAAUUCGCUAGACGUGGAAGAUGCCUCAAUGGUGAUAACUGCAGAUUUCUGCAUCCUCAUGAGAUGAGAGGCGUGCCCCGUCCCCGCCCCCAGAGAGUGCAGCGGUUCGUCCGGCGUUAUGGUGAGGAGUCUUUGGGUGAACCUACAGUUGAAGAAGUACCUACAGUAGUGCAAGAAGAAAUUGCAGCAGUUCCUCUGCCGUCACCACGCCCCGAAGAGAUCAAAGAAGAGAUAAGCAUGACACCGUUCCCUACAGUUUCUCCCGCAGCAGCAGCAGCAGCAGCAGCAGCAGCAGCAGAUGUUACUGCAGCAGAAGAAGAAGCGGAAGAAGAAAAAGAAGAAAAAGAAGAAGUCGUAUAUUCUCACAGCCCUGGCACUCCUCGCACUGUCGAUAGGAUUCGGCCCCUGCUGCGCAGCCCUUGCAUUGUAGCGGAAGAAGAAGAAGAAGAAGAAAAAGAAGAAAAAGAAGAAGAAAAAGAAGAAGAAGAAGAAAGAGAGUCAACACAAGACGAAGGGGAAAGCAGCAACGAUCUUGAUAAUAUAACAAACACAACAACAACAACAACAAGAAGAAGAAGAAAAGGAACAACGCUUAUUCCUCAUACUUUAUCUCGCGAUUCAACUCGUGAUGAAUUACAUAAAUCUGUAGAAAAUAUUAUAACUGCUGUAGAUAACCUGGGGUUAGCUGAUGAGCCUAAUUAA